AGAAUCUCUCCUCAAAAUUCUGCAGCAAUGGACCGAGAUGCACAAAGUGUUAGAAGUGUGAUGGUUAUAUUGAACAUAUUAUUCUCGUGCUUUGGUCUUUUGUACAUCACAGUAGGGUCGUUUAUGAUCAGCGUGAUCAGGGAUUAUUCGAUUAUAGAUGAUACCCAGAUUGUCCCCAUUACGGUUGUGGUCCUUGGAUCCGCCAUGGUUCUUUUAUCUUUGCAGAGCUGCUAUGGACUAUAUCGAGAAAAGCCGAGCGUUAUAACCUGUUACUCCGUUCUGAACCUAAUGCUUUUGUUAAUCCAUAUAUAUUUCGUCUCCUACUUAUGGAUGGAGCUGGGCCCUAAAAUGCACAUGUCUUCAGAUUCAUAUCCCAAAUACCCCGCCUCAUGUUUCAAUAUACCCAUCCAUGGGGGUGAUAUGGAGCUAAACCAUUGCCGGGAGGCUAUGUUUUAUUCUUGGAAUAUGUGUGCCAACAUUAUCAAGUUUACGAGUGUUAUGGUAAUAGUUUUUGAGUUUCUCACAUUUGCAAUUGGCUGUUAUAUAGCGGAUUCCGGUCGCAACGCAGAAAGAACUCAGUACCUAAGGAAUAGCAUGGGAUUUAAUUUAUAACUUUUAGGAGGUUGUAAAUUGUACUAAAUUAUAAAAAUGGUGCAUAAUGUGGCGAUGCUUUUUAUACCCGAUACUCAAAAUGAGUAUAGGGGUAAUCAAAAUCAAAAACACAGAAUAAAAGAGAAUGACAAUAUCUUCCAGACUGCAGAAUGUGAAC